AUGGCCGAGGGCCUGUUUGGAGCAUCCAGCUUCGGUGGCAAUGCCUCGGAGACACAGAACACCAGUCAAGCUCGCAGGACGAAGCUGUACCCAUACGAUUCUACUGCCAUGCAGCUGAUCGAACCGUACGGCGAGUCUGUCAUCAACAACUUGACGAAAGCCAAGCUUUGGGAGGCAGUGAGCAAAGGCAAUCACAAAGCCCAAUAUCACAGCCAUCUCUGUGCACCCACCAGCGAUCAGUGGCACAUCGGCGCCGGCAUCUCUCUAACCGCCGCAGCCCUGGUGGCGGCCGUCAAACACUUCAAAAGCGACAAUGUCAAAGCAUUGAUCAAAGACGAGCUCUACGCCAAGAUCGAAGAGGAAGUGAAUGUCAUGCUGCCAGUCUUUGAGACGUUGAACCUUGGCAAAGGCAGUCAGGAUCAACGAGACACAGGCACUCUGCGACAAGCAAAGCGUGCGAAGAUGAGCACACCUAAGCCGGAUGUGACAGAGCCACAGGUCAUCAAGGCUGCCCAAGAAUUUCACGCUUGGUUGUCCAAGGAGCAGAGCCCUUUUCAAAGCUUUUUGUUCAUCACAGCGGCCAGUAACACGUUCUUCACGGGGCACGUGGCCGAGCUCGUUGCCCGCGCGGCCGUCUCAGAGAAACCUAUGCGCGUGGAGGAUUUCGUCACUGCCAUGAAAGCUCGGUUGCACAAGCCGCCAGAAUCGCAGCCGGCAGGUGCCGCCAGCAGUGCAACAGGAUUGUUUGAGUCGUAA